AUGGUUCCUUCCACUGCCGACACUCCCAAUGUCGAUAGCCCACGUAAAUUGCCUACAGCCGAGGAGUUGUCGGAAGCGCUCAAGAUUGAUGUAUACGACCGAAAGGGCAAGACCAAGGCGCUAGGUGACCUUGUCAAAGGGCAGAGGACUGUGUUAGUGUUUAUUCGGCAUUUCUGGUGUCUGAACUGUCAAGCGUACGUUCGCUGUAUCAGUGAAUCUAUACCACCAUCAAACCUGCCUGCUAAUACUCAAAUCCUUGUUGUAGGAUGUGGCUCCCACCAGCCCAUUGACACCUAUGCUACGAACUCAUCCUCAAAGUACCCCAUUUACACUGACCCAACACUCCGCCUACACAAGCUCUUCAAGUUCAAGUCGAACCUAGCUGAAGGGAAAGCUGGCGAUGAACAGCGAGAUUACAUGCGCAAUGCGGGUAGUACGAUGUCCAGGAUCUUUGGUGGCAUCAAGGGUGCAUUGGGGAAUCUACAGCAUGUGAACUCUGUAGGACCAAAAGCCUUGAAUGGUGGUGAGGUGGUUUUGUCUGCCGAUGGCGAAUGCGAGUACAUGUACCGCAUGCAGAAUACGGUCGAUCAUACCAACAUAGCGGAGCUGGCAAAGAUGAUUGGAGCCGAAUACAUACCCGUAGAUGGCGAAGAGAAGAAAGCGCAGACUUGCAAUGAACCGGCUACGUGA